AUGUGCGAAGAAAGCAGUGAUCAUGAAUAUAAACCGUUUGAAAGCUGUGCAGAUAGGCUAGUUAAUUUAUGGCUGAAAGGACAAAAGUUGCUAAACGCCUUUUGGCGCAUAUGGCAAGAAGAGUAUUUGCUUGGCCUUAGAGAAAGAGCUCAAGUGAAAUUAAAAUCAAAGAAAAUUGUUAGUGCUAUGGAACCGAGUGUCGGUGAUAUUGUGAUCAUUAAGGACGAACUUCCAAGGUCUUGUUGGAGAAUGGGUCGAAUAGAGGAAACGCAACGAAGUAAGGAUGGCAAAGUACGAUCAGCGGAAGUGCGAUUAGCUACAGGUCGUGUUAUUAAACGACCUGUGAGCUUACUCUAUCCCUUAGAAUCAACAGAAUAUGUUAAGCAUACUAGCGGGACGAAUAGUGACGUAAAUAGCACACGCCCUUCACGUUCGACGAGAAUUGCAGCAAUAAAAGCAAAACAAGCAAUUAAAGGACAGUUGCAGUAA